GUUAGUACUUCACAUAGCCAUGGCAUCAGCACAGCCCAUGAUUCAGAGAAGGAUAAUGAAGGAGAAGGACUAGGGUGAAUGAUAAAUGAUGGUGUACUGCCAGCCAGAGGACCUGAGUAGUUGACAUGUUGCUAUUACCUCCCUGUGUGACCUUGGGGAGUGCACCUACCCAAUGUGAUAGAAGAAAAGCUCUACUGAAGUGUGAAGGAAACAAAGAUCUAGAGAAAGAAGCAGUAUGUGUUGUCGUGGGAAGAGAUGGAGACUUGAAAUCCAAAGGUGCAGCUCCAGUCCUCAUGUCCUUCACGAAGCCCUCUUGGACCAGCUCAGCAAGAAGGUUUUGUGGCCUUGAUGCUACUUCAGGGUGGCUGUGCCUACAAGCUGGUUUGCUACUUCACCAACUGGGCCCAGUACCGAGCUGGGCUGGGAUAUUUCGUUCCUGAUACCAUUGACCCACACCUAUGUACCCACCUCAUCUACUCCUUUGCCAAUAUUAGCAACAACAAAAUCACCUCUGAGGAGUGGAAUGAUGUCACCCUAUAUCACACCUUCAAUGAUCUCAAGAAAAGAAAUCCCAAUCUGAAAACUCUUCUGUCCAUUGGCGGUGCCAAGUUUGGGUCCAAAGGGUUUCAUCCCAUGGUGGAUUCUUCUGAAUCACGAUCAACAUUUAUCAACUCUGUGAUCCCGUUCCUGAGGCACAAUGGCUUCAAUGGGCUGGAUGUAGACUGGAUCUACCCUGAGCUGAAUGAAAAGCCUUUUUUUGCUUCUCUGAUUCACGAGUUAGCUGUUGCCUUUCAGGAAGAGGCCAAAAAUUCUAGGAAGGAGAAGCUUCUCUUGUCUGCGGGAGUGGCUGCAGGAAGGCAGAAAAUUGAUAACAGCUAUGAGAUUAAAGACCUGGCAAAUGAUGUGGAUUUCAUCAACCUCCUGUCCUUCGACUUCCAUGGAUUCUGGGACAAUCCCCUCGUUACUGGCCACAACAGCCCUCUGAGCAAAGGGAGCCAGGACCAGAGGAACAGUGCUUACUAUAAUGUGGAAUAUGCUGCAAACUACUGGAAGAAACAGGGCAUGCCAGGGGAGAAGAUCAUCAUGGGCAUCCCUCUGUAUGGCCGCUCCUUCACCCUCUCCACACCCGCAUCUAACUCAGGUGUGGGGGCCCCCGCCAAUGGUGCUGGAACUCCUGGACAAUUCACGGCAGAAGGAGGCUUCUUGGCCUAUUAUGAGGUAUGCCAGUUCCUCGAAGGUGCCACAGUCAAAAAAAUCCCAGAACAGCAGGUCCCCUAUGCCGUCAAGGGCAACCAGUGGGUUGGCUUUGAUGAUGUGGAGAGUGUGAAAACCAAGGUCCAGUAUUUGAAGAAUGCAAGAUUGGGAGGGGCCAUGAUUUGGUCCAUUGACUUGGAUGACUUUACUGGUAAAUUCUGCAAAAAGGGUUCAUUUCCACUCCUCCAGGCAAUCAAGAAGACGCUGGACUCUGCCAAUAAAGUUUAAACUAGAAACUGAACACCCGGCAUUCCUCCAUCUUGGCAGUGCUCACAGAUGGAUGCCCUAAAGCCGUGGGUAUCCUUGCCUUCCUACCCACUCCACUAGACAGCCUCACUUCAUUCUCAAGCUGCUGAACAAAUAAAAUAGAAAUGCUUCUACCUAAGCAAACUGAGUGCUGCCAUUCUACCCUUACAAUAGCAUUCUGUCUUCACAUUCAGACAGUCCCAAACCUAUUGGGGCUCGUCACCCCACCUCCUAAUUUGAGACCAAACUGUACUUUUCUCAUUAUCUCACCCAACCUCCUACUUCCACCUCUGCUUUUCUGAAACAUCAUCCUGCAAGACUAGGAGACAUUUUCCUGGCAUAUCCAUCACUGAUUACAGAAAGUCUUUUGCUUUCUUCUGCCCAAGGCUUGGGGGUGGACUCGAGAAAGAAAAAACCAACAUAAUUUGCUUCCUAAUGGCCACAUAGAGACCAGUGAUCAGCUCAAUGAAGCUCAAGAAAUCACUGGAGUCUAUUCCUUGGGCCCUGGACUCAGAAAUCUGCGGUAAAUAGAGAUAAAUAUAGAUGGCCAGAUGGGUGAUGCCAACUGUGAGGUGCAGUAAAACAGACAGUUGUAGAAACAAGAGAGCUGCCCCUACCAGCCCCUGCUUAGAACAGGGGCAAGUAACUAGUGGUAUUAGUAGUGCUCCAGAGAAGUCCCUGAGAUUAAGAAGGAGAGGACUUCAAUGCUCACUGCCAUGAUCACCACUUUUCUCUCUCAUUCUCUUCUUUCUUUCUCUCUUUUACUUUUUCCUCACACACAAGGCAUUUACCUUGCAAACAUCCUGGAGCAGAUAAUGAAACUAGAAGGAAAGAAUCAGUAUUUGACUUAGAAUUCUGACCUGACCUUUUCUUCCAGUCUCACCACCCUGAAGAGGCCCCAAAAUCAUUGUUCAUGGGAAUAGGGGGUCUUCCCAAAGGGUGACAAACCUGAUUCUUAGAGGCAGUGGUGGUGGUGAUAACCAGUGAUAGGGCAAAGAAUGGAAGAGCUACUUGACAUGAAACAUUCACAAGACUGAUCAGUCAGUCAACAAGCUUUUAUUAUUUAUUAUGUCAGGUUGGGUAUAC